AUGUCAUCCCCCGGAGCGACGAAGAAAAUCUCAGCUCAAGAUUACCAAGUACUGGUGAACGAUUUCAACGCCACUGACGACGCCUCUCUACUAGGGCAUCGGCUGGAUCGACUAUUCGAGAAAGUCGUGGUGAGCUUUCCCCAAAACAUCGCCCUAGUUCACGAUAAAACCGAGGUAUCCUUCCAAAGGCUUAAUUCAUCCGCAAACGUUCUCGCUCGCAGUCUUGCUCGGCGAGGUAUACAAUAUGGCGAUGUGGUCGGUCUCGCCGUGUCACGUUCUAUCGACCUCGUGGUCUCCAUGCUAGCUGUGCUGAAGCUGGGGGCCGCAUAUGUUCCCCUCGACUCGACGUUCCCUGCCGAACGUAUUAAUCAGAUGGUUGAAGACGCCAGUCCUAAAUUUAUCCUCAGCGACGGCCCGAGUAGAGGCCUUGCGGACUGGAAGCACCUAUGCUUGAGCAUUUCUCAGGCAAGAGAUGACACAAUCACCGAUACGACGAACCUCGGGACUGAAAUUCGAGUCCAGGAUUUGGCGUACGUCAUCUAUACAUCUGGAUCUACAGGGCGUCCCAAAGGCGUCGAGAUUAGCCAUGGGGCCGCGGCGAACUUUUUAAGCUCGCUGCGGAAGUACGAACCCGGGUGCAGCGAGCACGAUCGGUUGCUUGCCAUCACGACGAUUUCUUUCGACAUGUCAGCUCUAGAGCUGUUGCUCCCACUUCUGUCUGGUGCCACAAUGAUCAUUGCAAAUGCAAGUGCGGUUAGGGAUCCACGUGAGCUUCUCGGUCUGAUGAAACGCAAUCAAGUCACUAUUUUGCAGGCGACACCUGCGACAUGGACGAUGCUCCUAGAGUCUGGAUGGGAAGGGGAGCUGCGACUUUCCAAGAUAAUAUGUGGAGGCGAGCCGCUUUCACGCCACCUGGCAGACCGCUUGCUCACCUCUGCUGAUUCGGUGUGGAAUGUGUACGGUCCGUGUGAGACGACAUAUGGAAGCGUUGGGAGAGUCGGGGAAGGUGAUAUUGUUGUUGGAAACCCCGUUGCUAACGGUCGAAUUUAUGUCCUCGACGACAACAUGUCACCUGUGCCAAUGGGCUGUGAAGGCGAAGUGUAUAUUGGCGGUGGUAGUCUGUCGAAUGGAUGCCGCAAUAAAGUCGACCUCACAAACUCGCGAAUUCUCGCCAACCCUUUCCAUGGCGGCAGGUUCUUCCGCACUGGUGACUUGGCCCGAUUUAUAGGACCGGGGAAGCUGCAGGUCCUAGGCCGCAUAGAUGGCGUCGUCAAGAUCCGUGGUCACCGCAUCGAAGUGGGCGACAUCGAAACAGUCCUUCGAUCAUCCAGGUUUGCGUACUGCGUGCUUUCCUCGUCCUUCUCCAGUGCGCGCCUCCCGUCCUACAUGGUGCCAACAUUCUUCAAGAUCAACCACAAGGCCCUCCCAGACCCUAUGCAAGCGAUCCAAUGCCGAAUCUUGACGCAGCCUGUCUCCGAGCUGGAACGACAAAUUCAGGCUAUCUGGACCGACGUUCUUGGACACGACCGUAUCGGCAUAGAGGAUAAUUUUUUCAACAUUGGCGGUGAUUCUGUGCGCCUCAUUCGCGUGCAAACGGCGUUGGGAAAACGACUGGGUCGACCUGUGUCAAUCCCUAAACUAUUCGAGCACUACACGAUCAAAACAUUGGCUGGAUAUUUGGCUGAUAUGGAACGAGACCAGAGGUUGACAUCUCAUGUGUUAGGCCACGACUUCAGUGACAGCAAUGAAAAAAUUGCUGUGAUUUCCAUGGCAUGUCGAUUGCCCGGUAGCGUGGUAACGCCCGAAGAAUUUUGGCAAUUGUUGCAGAGCGGUGGCGACGCGACAGUCGACGUGCCCACAGAUCGUUGGGAUGUCGACAAGAUUUAUUGUAAUAAAUACCCUCAUGUUGACGGCACGUCGUAUUGCAGUCGAGGCGGCUUCCUCGACUCAGUCUACUCGUACGACGCAUCCUUUUUUGGCAUAUCGCCGCGCGAGGCACAAGCAAUGGACCCGGAGCAGCACCUGAUAUUGGAGUUAUGCUGGGAAGGCUUUGAACGAGCCAACUAUACAAGGGAUCGUCUGAGCGGUAGUCCGACGGGCGUUUUCCUUGGUAUUAGCAACAAUGGAGUGACCAAUGGAACACCACCGGAUCUGAAGGGAUACACCAUUACUGGAAGUGCCGGCGCUACCUUGUCUGGCCGUCUUUCUUAUACCUUUGGUCUGCAGGGGCCAUCUCUCACUGUUGACACUGCGUGUUCGUCGUCUCUGUGCAACAUGGCCCUAGCCGGUGGCGUAAGCCUUUUACUCAAUCCCGGCAUCCACGUUGAAUUCAGCAAGCUUCGUGAUGACGCGGACGGCACAGGGUUCAGCGAGGGUGCCGCUGUCAUAAUACUGAAGCGAUUGGCUGAUGCAAGACGCGACGGCGACGACAUUCAUGCCGUACUGAGUGGUACUGCCGUGAUGCACGGAGGCCAAAGCUUUGGCCUAACGGCACCCAGUGGCCCUGGCCAAGUCAGACUGAUCCGCACUGCCUUGGCCCAUGGCACUGCUACCAAGCUGGGCGAUCCAAUUGAAGCUGCUGCACUGGCCGAAGUCUUCGGACGCGAGCGUUCUAGCCCAUUAAUGCUCGGCUCAGCCAAGUCUAACGUUGGGCAUGCCCAAGCCGCCGCUGGCCUCGUUGGUUUGCUAAAGGUUGUGCUGUCCAUGCGAAAUAGUUCUAUCCCCAAGACAUUACAUAUAAGCAAGCCUACUACAGCAGUCGACUGGAAGAAUGCCAAUAUGGAGCGACUGCGUCGGGCUGGUGUGAGUGCGUUCGGCAUUGAGCCAUCUAGGGCUGUCAUGGAGGAGAUCGAUCACACGAAAUCCCUUACCCUCCCAGCUCCUGUCCCGUUCGCCAAGAGACUUCGGGUGCAUAUAGAAAACGGGAUAGGAGGAGACGAUCGUCUGAGUGAUAUAGCCUACUCGCUAGCGACGUCCCGCACACACUUGCGUCAGAGACUUGUCGUGGCGGCCGAUGACAAGGCGCAGAUGCUGGAAAAACUGGAGUUUGUUAGCUCGAGCGUUCUCGAGAUGUUUGACGUGAGCGAGGUCGACGAGGUUGCUACCACGUUCAGGGAGUUGGAGUCGCCCCUUCUUGACGUUAUAUGGGCCGAACAGGGAACCCCGAAUGCGUCUUUGCUGGAUCGUGCCAAUUACACCCAGCCUGCCCUCUUCGCUCUCGAAGUGUCUCUCUGGAAAUUAUGGCAGAGCUGGGGCGUGAAACCUGACUUUCUACUCGGACACAGUAUAGGGGAGCUUGCUAUAGCCUAUGCCGCGGGGGUGUUAGACUUACCCGACGCUUGCCGGCUUGUUAUGGCGCGCGGUCGCUUGAUGGAAGGCCUUCCCCUUCGCGGAAAGAUGGCGUCGAUAGAAGCAAGCGGCACUGAGGUCACCGCGGCGAUAAAGGAAUUGAGCCAGUCUGAGCCCAUUCAGGCUGGUAAGUUUGAAAUUGCAGCCUAUAACACGCCCUCCCAGACUGUUAUAUCGGGAGACAUAGAAGCCGUCGACGCUGCAAUCCUUCACUUUACGGGACUCGGUCGUAAGGUGAAGGUACUUGAUACCAGUCACGCCUUCCACUCAUACCACAUGGAUGUCAUGCUAAAUAGUCUCAGGGCGUGGAAGAGAUGA